AUGCUCGCUGCCAGGUUUGCGUCGCGUGCCUUCCCUCGUACUCGCCUAUACUCUACUGCUCCGAAGAGGAGUUUGAAAGAACUCGUUACUGAGCUCAGGAGCCAGGCAGAUGUUUCUCCCAUCCAAGCCGGUCAGGCUCUCAAAGCCUCGGACAUGGACGUGUCCAAAGCACUGCUCUGGCUAGAGAAGCAGCGGACGCAGUCUGCGGUGAAAAAGGCGGCCAAGGUGGCAGACAGGACAGCGAACGAGGGUCUCAUUGGCACCACUGUAUUGUCCAGCGGUGUCGCGAACGGCCGACGCGUGGGUGUACGGGCAGCAAUGGUCGAGCUUAACUGCGAGACCGAUUUCGUCGCUCGCAACGAACUUUUUGCAAAUCUCCUUGAGGACAUUACCCACACUGCAGCGUUCAUCUCGGAACCGGCUAAUGCAGAGACGUUCAUGCAGCCGUUCUCGAUGGAGACCCUUCAGAACGCUCCUCUUCUCUCGCAAACUAAGCCUAGUCAGAACGGAAAGGCUACAGUAUCCGAAGCCAUGCGCGAUCUCACUGGACGAGUAGGCGAAAAGAUUUCACUUCGUCGUGCCCUUACGGUCGUGCGUGAUCCCUUCACAUCCUCCCAGCCCGACCUCGCCUUGCGCGUGGCCGCACGCGUCCACCAAUCCGUCUUCAACCCCACCCAAGGCCGAAUAGGCAGUCUCGCUCUCCUGGCGCUGAAAUCAAAACGUCUCUCCGAAGCCAUCGCAUCCCAGACGUUCCAGGAUGAUCUUGACAAACUAUGUCAAGCCCUUGGGCGACAAGUAAUUGGCUUCCCUACCACCUGCAUACGCUCACCGCCAGGGACGACAGAUGAGGGUGCAUUGUAUGAUCAGCCCUUCAGUAUGUUCAUUGGACCCGGGAACGACCAAUCCGUCGGGGCAUUUUUACAAAGCUGGGCACAAGAGCGAAGCCUUGUCAAUAAAGACGAGGAACAAUCAGCUGGCGUCGAAGUCCUGGAAUUCGCGAAAUGGACUGUUGGCGACGUCGUUUAGGUCACAUACCGAUCGCAUUCGCGAAAGCGUGCUGCCACCGCUAGCCUAUCAUCGCAAAAGUACUGCCACCAAUGCACGAUCUAUUUAUAUGUAGUGAAGUAAUUGAAUACAUACCUCUCAAAUGCUGCAAACGCAUCAUCCCACUCAC